AUGCAGAGCAAUCUUGUUCAUCAACAAAACAUGGAACUCUUUAACAAGGUUUAUGGCACAACUGCUGUGAAUUCAGAGAGCAGAAAUGCCUGCAUUCCCUAUGGCAUGAGCAUAAGUGAUGAUUCGCAUGUCCUGAACCAGCUUCAGCUGCGCCGGCCCAACCAACAAACUUAA